AAACCAUAAAAACAAAACUCUCUCUCUCCUUCAUCAAUUUUCUCCAUUAUUUUCUCUCUCUUUUGUCUCCACUCGACUUCUUUCUCCAUCCAUCAAUGGGGAAGAAAAAAAUAACAACUCUAAGAGAUCUCAUAGGUGCCAUUAAAGACAAAGCUUCACAAUCCAAAGCUACUUUCCUUUCAAAACCAAGUAAUCUAUCUCUCCACCUUGCUGUCCUACGCGCCACCACUCACGCGCCGUCAUCACCACCUGAAGACCACCAUGUCUCAACCCUUCUCAACCUCGGUGACAGCUCACGCGCGACCGCUUCAACCCUAAUCACCAUCAUUAUGGACCGUUUACAACGUACCGGAGACUCCAACGUUGCCCUAAAAUGCCUUUUAAUUAUUCACCAAAUAAUUAAACGUGGUCCCUUUAUAUUACAAGACCAACUUUCUGUUUUUCCGACCACUGGUGGACAUAACUACCUUAAGCUCUCCAACUUCAAGGACAGUGCUACCACCGCCACGUGGCAAGUUUCAGCAUGGAUAAGAUUUUACGCUAGAUAUAUUGAAACCCUACUUUUUACGUCAAGAACUUUGGGUUAUUUUCUUUCAUGUUUAUCGUGCAGUGCACAAAAAGAUAAACGAGAAGAAAAAAUUUCGUGUUUCUUGAAUUCUGAUUUAAUCAGAGACGUUGAUUCUUUAGUUCAGUUGAUUGAAGAAACAUGCAAAGUACCUGAUUCACUCCUUUUAGAAGGUAAUAAAUUGUUGUACGAGGUGGUUGGAUUAUUGUGUAAUGAUUAUUUAUCGACAGUUAAUGAGUUGUUAUUACGACUAGGUGAGUUUAAGGAAAGACUGAGUUGUUUGAGUUUUGGUGACUCGGUUGAGUUGGGUUGUAUUUUGAAGAGAUUAGAAGGAUGUAAAGAGAGAUUAUCUGUUUUAAUUUCAGUUCAAAAGCCAUCAACUGAGUUAUUAUGGAUCUUGGUUAAUGAGUUGAGAAUGAAAAUUGAGGAUUUGAAGGUUGAAAAAACGGGUCCAAAGUUGUUAACGUUUGGAAAAUCAAGUGAGUCGGCUCGGUUUGGUAACCGAGUUAUGAAAUUUGGUGAAUCGGUUCAGUUUUCAUCAGGAAGGUAUGAGAUGAAUAAUUUACCUCUUAUGCUUGUAGAAGGAAGAAGAAAUUGGAGAAAUUAAAGUCCAAUAAAAAAUCAAUAUUUUAUAAUUUUCAAAAUUGGAGUUUUUUUUUUUUUUUUUUGCUCUUUUUGGUUCAGAGUGAAUUUGUUAAUAUGGUUGAGUUUAAUUUUGUGGAAGUAAUAGCAUAUUUGUAACAAUAUACUAGAACUGCUAUAUAUAUAUAUAUAUAUAUAUUUUUUUUUUUUU